AUGACUUCCCUUACAUUGAAUAAGCCAUCACAUAUCACUGGCACUUUGAUAUUACCGCCCAACUUGCUAAAACUUUCGAUUAGGUCUGCUAGUUCUAACGUCUUUCCGAAAGUUGAAUUCCCACCAAAAUUAGUUGACCUUGAAUUGGAGCAAUGUGGUAUUACCCUGACUACCGGAUGGCUAAAUCCAGCCCGAUUGAAGCGGCUUUCACUUUCAAGAAAUAAGCUUUCAUCUUUCAACGCAUUUCUUCCCUGUUGUGAAUUUUUGUGCUUGAGCGACAAUAAAAUAAAGAGAGUUCAAAUCAGAGCUCCCGUUCUUGAGCACAUAGACUUGAGUGAAAAUAUGUUGAAAUCAAUUCCCAAGCUCCCAGCCAGUCUUCAAGUACUUGUUCUCAGUAACAAUAGACUACAUCUUUCCCGAAUGUCUGAAUUUCCUUCUAACUUGAAGCUUUUAGACCUCUCGGGAGCUGGUUAUGGAGCUCCUAAAAAGCAUACAUUCCCAUCAUCAAUUCGAGAACUCCAUCUUACAAAAUUAGACUUGUCAGAUAUGAGAGGAGUCAAGUUUGCCAAAGGGUCAAAAUUGAAAGAAUUGAAUAUGAGCAUAUGUCGAAUAAAGAAAAUCAGCGAUAGAAUGAUCGAGCUACCCCUCGGCUUGAAAUCACUAAACUUGUGUCUCAAUCGUUUGCAAAACAUCGAUGAUUUGACCAUACCGCAAACAGUUACUUUUCUAGACUUGAGAGAAAAUGAUUUGAAUUUAUUGCAAGUUAAGUCUCAUAUUGAGACACUAUACCUCAAUCAAAAUAGACUUUCACGUCUUGCAAUUCCAAAGGAUCUGGAGCUAAAGUUUCUUGACCUCACACUGACUUUAUUGAAGGGAUCUUCAUUUGAUAUCUUUGGCGCUGAGAAACUCACACAGCUACGUCUAGGGCAGUGGCAUAAAGUGAUAGACCUUUCGAAAAUGCCAGUUAAUCUUCAAGUAUUGGAAUAUCAGGGUCCCGGUACUCUUGAAGUCGAAGGAUUCCACAGGUAUCCUGGUACAAGCAUUUACAGACGUCUGCUAUGA